UCUUAUAAUUUUGAAUAAAAUUCAUAACAAUGUCACUAAAGAGCAUUUCCCCUGUUCCAGACAUCAAGAAAAACAACUGUAGUCCUAUCGACAAACGAGAUAGUUCCAAACUAGAGAUACUUAACUUAAUUAGGGUAGAUUCUGAAAGAACUCUAACCGUAAUGAGUUAUAUGGGAAUAGAUCCAGAUGUUGACCUCCAGGUCCUUCACUACAAAGAUUUCAUAUCAUAUGGUCUCACUCCACAAAUAGUGAAAAUGAGAUACCAGGCUUAUGUUGAUAGAAUUGUAGAAACAGUAGAAGAAAUUAUUCACAGGAGAAAUCAGCUUCUUAGCACAGUUGGAAAAUAAAGUUCGAAGAACAAAAUUCACUCCAACUAGCACAGGAGGAUUUAUUCAUCCAAAACUACAAAAAGAAAUUGAAAAAGCGACUAAAUCUCGCCAAAUAGCUAUGAAUAAAAAGACAUUGAAAUCUCAAAGUCCAAAGAGUUGGAAGUCAUCAGCCAAGAUAAAAUCAAGUGGAACCUAUCAAAGCUCAAAUUACCAAAACACUCUUUCAGAGAAGAAAUCUGACCAGGUAAAAACUAUGAGAGAGAAGCAAAACAAAAUUCUUGACAGAGAAUUCGGCCUCCUGGCGAAUAAGGCUAACCUAAAAGAACUAGAAGCGAAGAAAAUCAAGAAAAUUAGGAACAAGAUCAAAGCAAAAGAGGAAAAAUUUAAAGAACAACUUCUUAAGAAUGAAGAUGAAAUCAAAUAUAAAAAUUUUAAGAAGGAAAAGACAAAUAAAAGAAUAAUGGAUAACCAGAAGCAACUAAAGAACUCACAGAUGAUGACGGCUAGGACUAUUUUCCAAAGCUUUAUGUCCCAGCCAAAGAGUGAACCAAAAGCGAUGUCUCCCCGCCCAGCUUCAGUGCAGCAUUUCAAGGAUAGUGACGAUGAAGCUCUUGAAGACUACGAUAAUAAACAUUAUAGAGCAAUGGCUCAUAAAGCUCAGAACUACUUAAGGACUAUCCAAAGAAUAGCAGAUGCUAAUACUGAAAAGGAAGAGAAGGCUAGAAGGAUCAGGGAGCAGAACUCUUUGGAGGAAAAUGAUCUCACAGGAAUAAUCAGCAUGAUAAAGAAGCAAAAAUAGAGCAAGACUCAUUGCCAAAGAUGAACAAUACAAUAAAUAGAACCAAAUGGAGCGAACGUAACUCAAAAGUUUAUAUUAAUGUUCAAGCCAAAAAGAAGCUAUUAGAACAAGAGGAGAGAAUUAGACUAAAUAUGCUUAGGAGACGUCCAAAAACCCAAAUGACAAGGACUGCUAGACCAGUUGAGACAAAAGAAAAUCUCAUGCUUAAAUAA